AUUUCUUCUUCGUUGAUGCUCUGCCAGAGCAAAUUGAAUAAACUCCACAUUUUCUAUCUUGAAGCUACUUGUUCUGGUAAAAAAGAGCAGAUAAUUUCUUCUGAAAUUUUUGCACUGUGUUUUUAUUUUCAAGGGGUUUUUGAACUUCUUUUUCUUGUCCAGAUCUUCAUAUACUGACUGUUUAUAUUCAAGGUAUUGGCUUUAGAUUGGGCUUUUGUGGGUUUUACCUUUUUCAUGCUAUAAGCUUGAACAAACAAGAAAAGCCUUUGUUCUUACUUAUAAGAAUGUCGAUGUCCUGUUCAUCGAAGAGUGGUUUCUGUAUCUCUGGGUCCUUUGAGACUCUUAUGCCAAGCUGCAAAACGAAAGGAAUUGUUGGCUUUUCUACCCCACUGAGUCAUUCAGAAUUUAUACUAUCAAAAACCAAAAGCUUUUCUGGUUUAACCAUUGAUUUCAGUGGCCAACCCUUAGUUGUGUCAGAUCAGAAACGUUUAAGAGAUUGCAACACCAAAGCAACAAACAAGCUCUCUGAUCAUGCACGGGCAUCAAUAUGUGUCAGUAGGUCUCUUAGAUGGUGGGAGAAGACCCUUAAACCAAACAUGAUAAAGAUCCAUUCCGCUCAAGAGCUUGUUGAUUCUUUGCUCAACGCCGGUGAUAGACUGGUUGUAGUGGACUUCUAUUCUCCUGGUUGUGGUGGCUGCAAGGCUCUUCAUCCCAAGAUCUGUCAACUGGCUGAAUUGCAUCCAAAUGCAAUUUUUCUGAAAGUGAACCAUGAAGAACUCAGAACUAUGUGUCACAGCCUAAACAUUCAUGUCCUUCCAUUCUUUAGAUUCUAUAGAGGAGUUGAUGGACAUCUGUGUAGCUUCAGCUGCACAACUACAACUAUAAAAAAAUUCAAAGAUGCAAUGGCCAGGCAUGGGACUGAGAGAUGUAGUAUUGGAGCUGCAAAAGGGUUAAACGAGUCAGAGAUAUUAAAACUAGCUUCAAUUGGGGAGUUGUCCAUUAACUUACCAUUAACGUUCACCAAGGAAGAAAGAGUCGAUGAUUUGGUCAUGAGAAGUAGGGAUUUAUGUGGGUUUUUGAGCAAAGCAGAUAAUAAGAUGGAGAUGGAACUCGGAGCAACAGAUGCUGUAGUCUAGUAUUAAAGAGUGGUAAUAAUCUGGUUAUAUUUUUGGGUUUGCAAUUGUACAUAUCUCUGCGAUUGGUUUUCCAUAACCAAGGCUCUUAGUAUUUUUUGGUUUUUCAUUGAGCCCUGCCAAACUUGAUUGGUUGAUGUUUGGAUUGGACAUUGUAAUCUUAUUCAAGAAUUCAUGUAAGAUAAUUGUUGUCAGAUGUUUGAACAGUAGCUUGCAAAUUGCAAUUUAAAUAUAAUAUACUGUUUGUUUUUA